AUUGGAACCAGACUGUUGUACGCGGCCUAGUUGUAAGGCAAAAUUUGACAUCGGACCUAAUUUGCAAUUGCCAGUAGAUUAUUCCAACAAUUUUCCAGUGUUUACUGGCAAACAGACGGGUUUACUAAUAUCGUUGUAGUUUAACACAUUUUUAGAAGCCAUCUUUUGUCGAAGAAGAAUGUUUUCUACGGUGCCUACGACACAAAGUUCGCAAAAUCAAAGUUCAUCAGCCAAUAGACCUGAGCUUUAUGAGGAGGUAAAGCUGUUCCGGAAUUUCCGGGAACGAGAAAAGUAUGACAACAUGGCAGAGCUUUUCGCGGUGAUAAACACGCUACAGUGGUUGGAGAAGGCCUACAUACGGGACGCCAUCACACCGAAAGAGUACACAGCAGCCUGUUCCAAGUUAUUAGUGCAAUACAAAGCGGCCUUCAAGCAAGUACAGAGUGAUCAGAUACCAACAGUCGAGGCUUUCAUGAAGAAAUACAGGAUGGAUUGCCCGGCAGCUAUGGAGAGGAUCAAGGAAGAUCGGCCAAUCACAAUCAAGAAUGACGACGGCAACACGAGUGAAUGCAUCGCGCAAAUCGUAUCGCUGUUCAUUACUGUCAUGGACAAACUGCGACUGGACAUGAAGGCUGUCGACGAGAUUGAACCAGAGCUGAGAGAGCUCGGCGAAACCAUGAACAAAAUGAACUUACUGACGGAAGACUUCCAAGGGAAAGAGAAAGUUAGCUCUUGGCUGAAGACCAUGUCCUCCAUGCGAGCCUCAGAUGAACUCGACGAGGACCAAAUCAGACAGAUGCUCCACGACCUGGACUCGGCCUAUCAGAGCUUUAUACGGAUGCUCGGAACCGGUUCGUGAGUGAAUACUGCGAGGCAGUGAUUCUCGGUUACUGAAGAAAAUAUUUGCAAUAUUUUUGCUUUGUUUCCCCCCCCUUUUUUUUUUUUAAGAAAUUGAUUGGUACUGCAGUCCAAUUCAAUUCAAAUCACAAGUCUGGUUACAUUAAGUCGCAGUUGAUAAA